AUGGAAAGCAGACAGUUAAAGCAUCUAACUCCUGAACAAGUGGACUCUUUCAUGAAGUAUGGCUUUCUUCGUGUUCCCGGGUGCUUCACUCGCAAGGCCGCCGCGGACUGGACCAAGGACGUCUGGACCCGUCUAGGCUUCGAUCCCCAGAACCCUGAGGCCUGGACUACGGAGAGAACGAACAUGCCCUCGCACAAUUCAGUCGCCAUCAAAGACUUUGCACCGAAAGCAUAUGAUGCCAUCUGUGAGCUCGUUGGUGGAGAGGACAAAAUCAGCGAGCCAUCUAAAAUCUGGCGAGAUGCCUUUAUUGUUAACCUAGGCACAAAAGAGAACGAAGGCAAGGAAACUCACCCUAAGGGCCUGAAAGGCUGGCAUGUUGACGGCGACUUUUUCAUUCAUUUCUUGGACUCCCCUGAGCAAGGAUUGCUGGUCAUCCCCCUGUUCACAGACAUUCUUCCUAACGGUGGUGGGACUUGGGUUUGCUCAGAAGGUAUUGGGAAAAUCGCAAGAUAUCUUUACGAUCAUCCGGAGGGCGUUUUCCCGAGAAUGACACCUGUUGGGGGAGCAGAGAACUUUGAGAACGGACUGGAAUUCUACUACAAACUCGUUCAAGGAUGUGCGGAUGAGAACUUUCACGAGAUGACUGGAAACGCUGGUGAUGUUAUCCUCUUGCAUCCGUUGAUGGUCCAUUCGGCCUCCACGAAUGGCAAACGUCUGCCACGAAUCAUCACAAAUCCCCCAGUGUCUUUGGUAAAGCCAUUUGAGUUUGACCGAAUUGACGAAAGCAAACACAGUCUUGUGGAGCUUAAGACAAUUCAAGAGAUUGGAGGACGAGAGAAGCUUCGAGGUUGGAGGAUACAGGGGAUGAGACAAGAAGUGGUGCCAGAGAGGGUCAAACGUCAAGCAAGGAUGUUGGAGGAGGAGAAGCAACGUCUGCAGCAACGGAAGACUCCAGUCGGAACGCCAGCCCAACAGAGUGUUGCUGUUGCUUAG